AACGCACCUUAUAUUUAUUCUAUUCUCAUUCUUUUCACACCUAAAUCACAAUAUCCCUAGUUCAUGGCAACCAAACCAAAAACUCUGGAGCUCACGGUUUUGUCCGCGGAGGGUCUCCACGUAAGGGGAAAGCCCACGCCCAACAUCAAAGUGUUCGCGGUGGUUCGCGCGGAGUCAAUAACGAGCCACACCACGGCCAUGGUGACGACGACAACGACCAACGGGAGCGACAACGGCUUCCAGUACUUGUGGAACGACAAGUUCUGGGUGGAGCUUGGGCCUCGCGCAAGGUGCGUGACGAUUGAAGUGAAGUGCAGGACGGAAACGGGAGUGGUGAGAGACGUCGGCGUGGCGAGAAUUGCGGUUUCGGAUUUUCUUGGAGGGUCGUCGGUGCCUGAUCAUUGCUUGCAGUCUUUGUGUUACAGGUUGAGGGAUUGGGAUGGCAGAGAAAACGGAGUCGUUAAUUUCUCCGUUAGGGUGGCGCCGCCUCCUACUCCUCCGCCGCCACCUCCGCCGCCGGCGGCGGCGGAAGGUGCUGAAAGUUAUUGUUCGUCGUCUACUUCGGGUACUGGAGUUGUUACUGGCAUUCCGGUUUAUUGGAACAAUUCGAUCGACAAGUAGAAGAACAAGCACAACAAGCAAAAUAAAAGUGUGUUUGAUCUGUAUUUUUAUUUUUUUUUUAUUUUUAAAAGAUUAGAAUUUUAAAAAUAUGUUUUGUUUGA